GUUAUGUCUCGGCUCCGGCCGCGGCCGCAGCUGAUCUACGGUUGUGGAGGCUACGGCCGCGGCCUCCGGAGGUGGCGGGGGUGUUGGGGACGGGUGCUGCGACCGGCACCGCCCAUCCGAGCGGGGCGGGCGCUGAGUGGCCGGGAGGCAGCCGGGUAGCCUCCUGGAGGAGCAGUCUCGGGGCCUAUUAUUGGUUUUUUCCCUCCGAGACCGAUUCCAUCUGCAGAGACCGCGACGCCCCAUCCUGGGCCGGGCCGCGGUGCCCGCCCGCCUGAGAGGCGCCGCCCGCCAGCCGGCCCGAGCGAACCUGGAGCCGCCGCCGUGCCCGCCGCUCUUCUCGCGGAGCCUGGGCGGUCGGCGGGGCCUGGGACCUGGGCUUCGGGCGCGGCGUUGCGGCGGCCGCUCCUCCCCGCGCAGAACACGCUGGGCCCCGGGCCUGGCCCGGCCGAGCGCCGCGCCCUCCUGACCCGCGGCCGCGGGAGUCCGGCCCCCACGGCCCCUCAGGCCCCGGCCUGCCGCCGGGAUCCCCGCCUCCUGGGCGGAUCUGAGUUAUUUUUUGGUCUCCCCCUCCCCCUUGAGAUCGCGGCACCGGAGGGCCGACCCCGCCACCUGGGUCAGUGCCCCCGCCGGGGGAAUCGUCCCUCGUUUUGUUCUUCCCCGCGAGCUCUCCCCGCGCCCCUCUCCUUUCUGUGCUUAAUGGAUGGGGGUUUUGAGUUUUUCCCCUUUAUUUUUGUCGCCUCUUGACUGGGAGGCCCGGCGCGAGGCUCUGCGCCUCUGCGUCCCUCGUCGCCGCCUCGCGCCCGCGCGGAUCCCGUCACCUGCUUCCCCGCCGGGGAUGGCCGGCCAGUGACGGCGCCGGGUGGCCCGCGCGUAGACACGGGGCCCUCGCCCAAGCUGCCACCGAGCCGCGGCCCCCGCCCUCGACCCUUCUCUCUCCCGUAUUCCGAGCUCUCUGGAAAGAGAGGAGACUCCAGGGAAGAUGUGGCUGAAGCUUUUUUUCUUGCUCCUCUAUUUCCUGGUCCUGUUCGUCCUGGCCAGGUUUUUUGAGGCCAUUGUGUGGUAUGAAACUGGCAUCUUUGCCACCCAGCUGGUGGAUCCGGUGGCGCUGAGCUUCAAGAAGCUGAAGACCAUUUUGGAGUGCCGGGGGUUGGGCUACUCAGGGUUGCCCGAGAAGAAGGAUGUCCGGGAGCUGGUGGAAAAGUCAGGUGACUUGAUGGAGGGUGAGCUCUAUUCUGCUCUCAAGGAAGAAGAAGCAUCCGAAUCGGUUUCUAGUACCAAUUUCAGUGGUGAAAUGCAUUUCUAUGAGCUUGUGGAAGACACAAAAGAUGGCAUCUGGCUGGUUCAGUGAUGCUCAAGGUUUGCAUUGACCACCACUGUCUGGCUUGUGUUCCUUGAGGCCAGUGGCUUACAUCUGUCAAAUGGCUGGCCUGGUCUGAAAGAACAAUCUCUGGCAGGACAACUGAGAAGAAUGAGAUUGAAACCCUGUCCUUGGCACUGUGAACUAGCCAGCUAAGCCAAUCAGCACAGCCACCUUGGUUUAAGCCCUUAAAAGAGGGUUGUACUUUUUAAAACUAUGCUUAAAAUUGAAAAUAUCUACUAGAAACAGAAGAGAAAUAUUGUCUCCAUUGCUUGCCAUUCUUUCAGCUCAGAUCAUAUAUAUAUAUUAAUCUAUUGUAAAGGAUAACUUUCAAGAAUUGUUUUUAGCAAUUUGAAUUGUUGUUAUUUUCUGUUUACAGUAGUCCCCCCUUAUCUGAGGGGGAUGCGUUCCAAGACCCCCAGUGGAUGCCUGAAACCGUGGAUAGUGCCAAAUCCUAUAUAGUCUAUGUUUUUUCCUAUACAUACAUAACUGUGAUAAAGUUUAAUGUGUAAGUUAGGCACAGUAACAACAACAACUAAUAAAAAUAGAACAAUUAUAACAGUAUACUGAAAUAACAUUUAUGUAAAUGUGGUGUCUCUCUCUCCGAAUAUCUAAUUGUAUGUAGUAUUUUCGGACGGCAGUUGACUGCAGAAAGUGAAACUGAGGGUAAGGGGAGACCACUGUAUUUUAGAAGAAGCUGACUAAUUUGUUCUCUGUCAUUUGUUUUAAGUCUAUGAGGAGUGUUUUCAUAAAUGAAGAUGCACAGAUGCCAGCCAGUUCAAUCCUCUUCAUAUUUUUAAGCUUUUCCAGGUCCAUGUUACGUAUAGUCUCUGUAAUGUGAACAGAAUUUAUUUUAGUUUUCAAGGUAGCAACAUACAUAUGACAUCUUUACCAAUGACACACUAUGAAAUACAUGUAGAACCAAGUGCUCUUUUUUCUAAGUUAUUCCUAACAUUGUUUUUCUCCUUUGUCCCUAACCCAAGCUCAUAUCUUUCAUUAGCUAUUCAUUUAACUGUUUUGUGGAUUCUUUGGCCCCAGUCUUCAUAGCAUUACAAAUAGAAGAUGGUUACUUUUCUUUCAAAAGACCCUUGGUCAGAGAGGCAGAUGGCACAGUGGAUAGGCUUCUGAAGUGGAGAAGUUAGCAUAAUUUAUGGGUUUUAUGGAUUUAUCCUCCUCCUAACAUUUCUGUUUCUCCGUUUUGACUUUUGUCAUAGUUCAAAGAAGGACAUAUUUGUUCCCUACUGGCUGUGUUACAUCAUAUGGAAUUUAAAGUCACUGGAAUUGAGGUAGCAGUGAGAAGCAUCAUAUGAUUUAAAAUAAAGCUUUGGGUCAAUAUUUACUGAAGUAUUACAUCAAUAUAUUUCCUGUUUGGCUGACAAGAGUUAAUAGCUGAUUUUAAACUUGUUUAUCUUUGCUCCUAGACAAAAGUUUUGUUCGAGGAGAUUCUAAAUUAUGUAUUUCUUUCUUGAUACUGCUAUGGAGGUGAAGCACAUAGCAAGCCACUUUAUCUUAUAUUUUGUAUUGGUAAAAAAUUUUAUAAAUUCUAUGUAAGAAUACAAAAAAAUUAAAAGACCACUGUUUUUUGUCAA